UUAGUUAGUUUAAACCUGUCAAAUCAGUGAACCAAAAAUUUUUCUCUAGCAUCGCCGGCAUGGAAUUUCGCAAAGAAUUUCUAAAUAUUUUGUUCCUCCUACAAGUCAUCUACAUUGUGCCGAUUGGGAUUAUAUGUUUGUUGAUCGUGGCGUUUCAGCUGACGGGCUAUCACCUCAAUGAAUUUCUACUUGACUCCUAUAUAAGCUACAUACAGCAAGCCAGUUCGUACACUCCGCAAUCUUGGGAAAGAGGGAUCAACAUAAUGGUGUGUGUCCACGUCGCCAUCCUAUAUGUGGUAUUUCGGAAGAGGGAGCGUUUGAGGGUGCAGAAUCUAGAGGAUACCCGGCGCCAGUUUCAGAUCGAGGAUCUUUUUCGGUUGGAGACUGAGUUCGUGGAGCAGCUACGUUCCCAAGGCAUCGAACUGGAGGAUUCCACAUUGGAUUCGAGCUGCGUAUAAGCGUCUUGGCGUCGCAUUCAGGAGCCAAUCAAAUAUCUCGUUAAUGCCGCCGCCUUGGACAAUGUUAAUGCUGUAUUCAUCGUAUGAGCGUAUAUAUAGAUCGCUCGCUUGAUUGCCCAGAAUUGAAUUCAACAUUUGUCCGCCGUGCGCUACACCUACACGGCUCAAUUACCAGGCCGAUCCAAUAUAAUCCUCCUCGCCCGAGUUGAACGUGCUCGGCUGGCAUUACUACACACAGCUUUUAUACUAUAUGUACAGAUAUGUAUUCGCGCACUGUGAGAUAGAUCAUUGUUUGGUUCUGCGCAUGAGUAUAUUUUUAUCGCGCACUGUGCCCCUUUCUUUCCACCACUUGUGGUGUGCACUUUUUA